AUGGCCGCGAUCCCACCGAGCAUGGCGCCGAGCACGGCAAAUUGGCACUGGAAGAACAAGACCGUGACGCCUUGGGCCAAGGCGUGGUUUGAGCGUGAACUCACGACGAUCGCCGUGGGGGGCACUACCGGAGAGAAGGUGUCAAUCUCCAAGGUCGUGGACGUGGACGGUGACGUGGAGCUCGGUCAGCGGAAGUCAAAACUGAUCACGAUCUACGAUUGCAAGGUAGAAUUGCAGUGGUCUGGCAUUGCGGCGGAUGGAACCGAGGUGACGGGGAACCUGACUAUUCCAGAAGUCUCGCAUGAGGUUACGCUUGAUAAGUUGUCUGACUAUGCGUAUGAAUGGAGCCUCACGACCGCUUCUUCGCCCGCUGUCGACACCGUCUUCGCGUUGGCUAAGGCCCUUUUACCAAUUGCCCUCGAGGAGAAAUUCGCCGAGUUUGCGCAAGCCAUUGUCGAGACGCACGGUAAAGAUCUGACCGUCAGCGCCAACGCCAGUCGCACAGGCACGCCUGCGCCUGGAGCAGCGUCCACGUCAGGAACAUCCACGCCCGUCUCCAAGGUACCACCCCCCUCGAAGAAGCCCGAACCGAAAGCUGCGGCCAAGGUGAACACGACGACGGUCACUGUGAAGGCGACGUUUAUGGCCGCGGCGGAUGACUUGUUCGGCCUCCUCACAGAUGAGAAGCGGACACCGACGUGGACGCGCGCGCCUGCUCAGUCUGCUGCCAAACCGGACUCGGAGUAUAGCUUAUUUGGCGGUGGAGUGAAGGGUAAAUAUGUCUCGCUGACGCCUCCGAAGGAGAUUGUUCAGACGUGGGCAUUGCAGAGCCCAACGUGGCCAGAAGGACACGCCGCGACGCUGACGACGACUCUGGAGCAGUCGACAGACUCGACAACAGUGACGUGGGCAUUGAACGGCGUGCCACUAGGCAUGGAGGAAGAGACCUCCCGUAAUUUGCAGGGUUAUUAUGUGCAUGGCCUGAAGUCUAUCGGGUUGGGAUCCGAGCUCUAG